GUGUGGUCAUUAGGGUUUUUGGGAUUUUGGUUGUAUGACCUAAUUUAACCUCUGGAAAAUCUUGUUUACGUUUUUUCUGUCAAAACCGUCAAAAAAUGAAGUUUACAGGAAAUUUAGUUCCGAUGAGAGCAAAUCAGCUGAAAUUUAACUGAAAAGUGUGCAAUGGACUACACCAACAAUGCAUACAUUCAGGAUAAUGACUAUGCAAUGGACACAACUGCACAUUCGUUCAGUUCGGCGAGUACAGUAGCUUUUAGUUCAGACCCCCAAAUGAACCCAAUAAAUAAUCAAUAUGAGGUGGUUGUUGUUUCGAGUGUUGGAAUGCAUGUUGAAGGCCCCAUUCCCUUUAUCAACCCCGAAAUACCCGUGGAGCAACAUGCCAUAGUACAAAUUGAGUCCAAUGAAGUGGAAAACAUCAAUGUUGACUCAGAUGCCGAUACGGUUUCUGUGGCUAGCAGCCACCAUUCGGAGGAGAGUAAUCAAAGUGAGUUGGUGAAUAAGGAGGUUGUGAAAGAGGAGUCUUUUCAUGAUGAGGAUGAUGGAAGGCUGUGUCCAAUUUGUUUGGAUAAUUGGACCAAUACAGGAGACCAUCGAAUAUGUGCUUUGAAAUGUGGACACUUGUUUGGGUAUAAGUGUGUUAACCGAUGGUUGGAGUCACAGACUAAAAAGUUAUGUCCUACGUGUAAGAGAAAAGUGAGUAGAGGCGACCUGAGGUUCAUCUACGCGAAAAAACUGAUCGCCGUCGACACGACUGAACUCGAACUGAUCAAAAAGCAACUGGACAUCGCGACCGAAGAAAAGAACAAGGUCCUGCUGGACAUGUCGAAGUUCGCGUGCCGCGAGCACAUGCUCAACCAGGAGAUCCAGCACCUGAAGAAGCAGAUACAAGACUUGUCGCACAAAAAGUCCGACCCGAAGCUGAGCAGCAGCUUCGGGUCCACCUCGAGCAGCUACGUGAGACUGUUCAUGGACAAGUCGAUGGAGAUCUGCCGCUACGGCGGGUGCAGGGUUUUUGACGCCACGUGCAGGUUCGACCUGCUCAUGGCGUCUAUGAAGUCGCCCAACAGUUUGUUUUCCGGUUUCGGGCUCAGGAAGGUGAACAUUUCCCAGUAUAAACCCCUGGCGUUUAUACCGUUGCACACUCUCCAAAUCAGGGACGUUUGCUUUCACGAGCAGAACAACUGGGUGUUGACUGCGUCGAUGGACAAGUCGUUCAAGGUCGUCGACACGAACACGAAUUCGGUGCUGUUCACGACCACGCAAGAGAUGCCGCUGUGGUCUUGCUGCUGGGACGCGGACAACCCUUACAUUCUUUACAUUGGAAAGCAAAGCGGUGCAGUCGUUAAAUACGACGUGAGGAAUCUGUCGACGCCGGUUUCUAACCUCGACAUCCCCGGCGACAUGUCGCCGGUGGUUUCCGUAGCGUCCAUACCGUCGAGCGUCAACGGGGAUCUACGCAACGGCGGGGUCAUAUCCUGCAAACUGAACUCUCUGUGGGUUUUCGAGAACGCCGCUAGCGGCCACAUCAGGCACCCCUUGUCCUUGGAGAGCCCCUUCGUCUCCAUGAAGUACGAGAAGGAGUCCAGACAGCUAUUAAUCUCGUCCAGGCCGAACAACAGGAUAUCGUACUCGAGACACACCCUGUGCACUUUGGAUGUGGUGCAAGGGGAUCACGGAGGGGAGAAAAUAAACUGCAACGUGCUGCAUUCGUUCCAAGGCGGCGGGAUGCAGAAGUUGCUGUCGAAAUCGUGCUUUUUGUCCGACAAACAGAACUACAUCGCUGCGUACCACGAGUCCAGCAAGAGUGUGCACUUGUGGAGCAUCAACACCGGCCAGAGGGUCUGCACGGUUCCUGCGCACGAGGCGGUUUUGGACUUGGGCGGGAUUCAGAACCAAAGCGGAAACUAUUUAUUGUCCUUGACGGAGAAGAAGUUGGAAUUUUUCAAAUUUACUUAGAUUGUUUUUAGGGUUUUAAGGUUAAUAUUAUUAUGGCUGUAUUUUUAUAAACUUAUUUUCAUAUUAUUAUUAGGAUUUUCGAUAUUUUUACUACCUGAGUGUAAUCUUCAUAUUAUACUUGUAUGAUAGUUUAGGAAAUAAAUUACAUUACAUUAGUUAAUA